AUGACACAAAAGUCGGGGUCGGCCGACAAGGUCGACACUAAGAAGGAGAAUGGCGCGCCUGCCGAAUCAGCAGCCGCAGAUCCUUCUGUCAAGCCAAAGCCGAAGAGACGCUUCCUCGUCAAAAUGGCGGAAAGACCACAGCAAGCUUCUAGUGGUGAGGGUGGAAUCGCAGAUGGUGCUGAUAUCAGUGGUGCUGUAGAAGAUGGUGAUACCAGUACCGCAUCCUCAGCAUCAACAUCACAAACAACUGGAGGCGUCAUAGACAAGCCAUUGCAGGAGUUGACGGUAGAAGAGCUCAAGGAGAUCGAGAAGCGGCAGAAGAAGAAUCGACAAAGGAAGAUCAUGCGGAACGCUGCGUUUAAGAUCGUAGCGUUUUUGGCGAUGGUGGUACUGAGAUAAAUGUUGGACUUUUCUCACGUAUUUAAGGUAGUACAGUUUUUCUUUUUUAAGGAUCAGAUUCAGACACAUCAUAAGUACAUUCCUUUUUACUCCCACCUCGAGCUCAAACCACAAUGAGUAUUCUAAGUAUUUGUUUCCACCAAAAACUACUUCUACUCAUCUCUCCCACACAACUCCAUCAGAUGUUCGCUAUGCUGAUCAAGCAAUUUCAAGAGUGGAUGCAGACUACAGCUUGUGCGCGCGUCUAUGCAGAAGGCACAGACUUGUUCGUCAAGGUGGAAAUCCUGAAGGAUCCUGAAGGGGAAGAUUUGUGUAUGGAUGAGGUCGAAUUUGCCGUGAAGAACGCAAAACCUUACGACGGUCCGCUCUUUAUGGCGAGUAAGCCAGUUUUGAGGACUAUCGCUGAUAACGCGGAUGAGGACACAAUGCUAGAUGGUAUCCACGUGCAAGCGUGUGCAACGAUAGCAUCAAAUGACAUGCACGACACGACGUUCAAGACGGCAGCUUGUAGAGCUGGGAACGCGGCACAAGCGGUUGUGCUGUGUCAUGGGAAGAGAAAGAGUACUUUCGUUUGUCAUUCAAUCACGAGUUCUUUACUACUAGGACAUUUUUCUCGUGCUCUCGUCAAACCCUGUCAGACUUUUUUCAAUGCGAUGAAAUUGAAACAACUCACUACCCAAAGCUAAAUUCAGUACCCACUCCCGAAAAAUAACUCCACAUCUACAUCAGCCGACGAAUGGGAUCACCAAAAAAUUAGCGAUAUCUAUCCUGAUUACACUUUGCGCAACAAGUGGCUUCACAUCGACGUAGACGAGGAAUCACAUCCUGACAUCGUAGCCGAUGUAGCGAAUACCAACCUGCCAUUAGCGGCGAAAUACAAGGUGAUCUAUGCCAGACGCUGCCCAAUAGAGGUUUUUACCAAGGGCACGGAGUUUGCGUCGAAUGUCAAGUCAUGGAUGGGCAGUGGAGGGGACGGGAAAGGUAUUUGCAGACUCUCUCGAUUCUGAUUGCUGUUCGUGUAGCUUUGGAAGUUUCUCUCUAUUUAUCUUCAUCUGCCUUCUAUUAUUCAUGAUUCAGGAAAUAGAAACUCACGUGAAAGUCAUUGUCAUAUUAAUUUGAAUUUAAUUAUAUCUUCUGCUCUUCUUUUAUUUGAUCUCCCUCCACCGCCCAACGGUCCAAAACACAGGCACUUCCGCGGAGCAGUCCCAGCAAGAAGACGACAGGCAAGAAGAGAUCGACGUUGAGGCUCUCCUCCACCCUCGCGCCUCCGAAGAAGACGACGGCGCGCUCCUCCCGCCAUUGAUCAAUGAGAAGAAACGGCUAGUCGUGGACAACAUCCUAUGGAUGGCCUGGCGGUUCGACUGGGACAUUGAAGACUGGGUCCAAACCAAUUUUGGUCCUCCCGAGAAGUUCCGCCUUAUGCGGUACAGCACGGAAACACUAGAAGUGGUGGGCGAAUUUGACUCGAAAAACAGCAGUUGGUGGAAGGAAAAGGUGAAAGAGAUGAAUGCAAAGACCGAGAACGGUCAGAAUCAGGCAAGGAUAGAGGCAUUGAGAGGAGAAUGGGGAUGGACGGUAGAUGGAUAUGGGGCUAUGGUGGUGCAGUUGUAA